GCGUGUGAUUUUUCCGUGCAGCACCAGAAGAGAAGAAGAAGAAGAAGAAGAAAAUUUUCUCAACACCAUUCGGUUUGCAAGAAAAAUAUUUUGCUAUUUCUCAAAUUUUAGCGAUUUCAUCGCAAUUUUCCUCUAAUUCAGUUUUCUAAACGAUUUCUGGUGAAUUUAGGUGCUGUUAAUUCAGUUGUUAUUAUGCAAUCUACGUGGUCAGAAUUCGGAUUAAAAAUAAAAUCUAAUGGCGAAACAUAAGGAAACCUGCAUCGAACCAGUUCCCUCCGGGAGUACCGAAUCUGAUUUGAAGAACAAAACUGGAAGUUACCAAUUCGAUCGGUUGGUAACAGAUAUCGAAUACCAGCUACAAGAUCUUGCUCCGGACGAGUCAGUUAUCGUCGGAAAUUGUCCCGAAGAUGUAACUGAAAGCGAUCUCAAAAGUUUCUUUUACGGUUUUGCUACCAUCGUUAAGCUAAAGAAAGUUACCAGUCGAUCGCUAACAACCACAGUGUGUGUGGCUCAAUUUGAUUCGACGGAAUCGGCUUCCCGCUCCAAGGUGGUGAACGCACUCUCGCUGAACGGAAAGCGUGUUUUGCUCAUGAAAAGCAGUGAAAAGUUACUAUACAAUCGUAGUAAUAUUAUACAACUUAACGGAUUUCAGGCUAAAUCGGAGGAAGCUAUCUAUGACCAACUGUCUGUUUUUGGCAAUAUAAACUUCAUUCUAAAGACAACAACUGCGAGUUACAUUUUAUUCGAAGAUAAAUCGUCGGCUGAUGCUGCAAGCCAGUGCGACUAUCUGGACGAAUACCCCGUAACGAUACGUACGUUAGAACGCAGCACAACUCCGCUUGAUUUGUUGGAACAGAUAGACCAAGACGCAGCGGAUCUGUUGUUGUGUGGACAAAGUUUAGGGAACACGGACGCCGACGACGAGGAAGAAGAAGGUCAAAUACAUAACUUUGUGCAAUUGCUCGACAUGGAUAGUUUAGAUGAGUAUUUAGAAGAGGGGGAAAGGGAAAAAGCGGCCGAACUUCUGGAAAAUAAGCCGUUAUUGGAGGUUGGCAAUGAGGAGAUAAUAGUUACUGAAGACGAUUCUUCCCUGAACGAUGCGGAUGUGGCAGCAAUCGAAAAGAAAGCAUUCGAACAAUAUAAGUCUAACAUUUCAAUAGACAAGUUUUCAGCCGGUAUUUUCGGUUUAUCGAGAAAUUGGAUAAAACUUUCUGAAUUACCUUCGUGUAAAGUACUGUUAAAAAAAUAUCCCGCAACGGAAGAUCUUAAAGCUGAAUGGGAUGAAAUAGAAUUGAGUAAGAGCAAAACAAAAGUGCAUGUAUUGGAACAUGUUAAAGCAAAUUUAUCGGUAGAUUAUUUCAAAAAGCAAAACCUACCAUUAAAACCGGAAACGCUGAAAAAAACGGAUCCAAAAACAUCAAAUGAGCCUGAAUUCAAAGAAAAAAAGAAACAUAAAGCCAAGGGGCAUCACGAUAGUCAUGAAUCAAGCAACAUUGUAUCAUUGAGUGACACAAGAAAAUCUAACGAUAAGAAAAUUCAAUCAGCAGAGUUGAAACAUAAGAAGAAGCUCGCCGAAAAUAAAUUAUAUACUACGCAUCAAAGUGAGUUGAAGGUUGAUAAAAAACAAAUAAAAAAGAACUUUAUUGAGGUUCAUAAAAGUUCUUUAUCAAUAUCAAAAGUGCUCGAGGAACCAGAGUAUAAAUCAAAAAUGUUAGAAAAACACGAGAAAGCUGACAGCUGUGCGCUUCAAAGUGGUAAACAGAGCAGAAGUGGAACGUUAGCUAUAUCAAAAAUAAAUAGAGAUCUGCCCCUCAACGAUCCGUGUCACGCAAAUCAGCUUAAUCGAUUUGGAAAAAUUCCAUUUAUUCUGUUAGAAAAACGAAACCCGAAAGAGUUGAAAAAAGUGUUCUCAGAACAAAACAGCAAACAUGAAAAACGAAACAAGACAAAAACAAAGGCCUGUUCUACUAUAUUAAUUGACUCCGAAAAGUCGAAUUAUAAAGAAUGCAUUGUCAAUACAAUCAGUGGGAAAAAUAAAGGAAUUGAAACAAACAAAACCAAACAUAACGAAAGUAAACAGCCACAAAAGUUAUUCAAAAAAGCUGAACAACUCGAAGCGAACGCAGAAACGCUACAAAAUACACAUCAGAAAAGUGGAUCCACACCAAUCGAGCAAGUAGCAGAUCCAUCAACAGAUCUGAUUUUGGAUAAAGCUACACCUCAACCUGUUCCGACAAUGGCAAAAAUUGACAAUACGAUUGAGGUGGAAGAAAAUUCGAUAGUUGAACCUAGUGGAUCUCAGCUCGAAAUUGUCAAUACAGUAGAGAUUGCAACAUUUACUACUGAUUACUUUUCGGAUGAAGAAAAUCGAUUGGUAAUGGAUCUGCCAGUAGAAUUGGAACAGCAGCCUCAGAAUGUUUGCCCAAGCAUUAAAAGUCCUACUGUCUCUCAACGUUUGUACGCUACUUUGGAUAAUGGCAGUGUCAACAUUUUAAAGGAAAAAGUUCAUAGCGGAAAUCUGUUAUAUUUAGAUUUGCUCCCAAAAGUUAUUGUCAAACUAUUGCGUUUGAACACUCAUACAAUAAAUAGAAUUUCAGUGGUUAGAACUCGUCCAAAGUUCAGUUCAUCUACCAGUAAAAAGCUAAAAACACCCUCGGAGAAUACAAUGAAAAAAACCAAUAUAAGUUCUUCUGAAAAACCGCAUAAAUUGAAUUUUGAUAGGAUUGACAGUAAAUUUUUGCCCUCUGGUUCAAAGUUAAAAACACAGGCAAAACUGAAAUCAAAAUUCGAAAGCAGUCAACAUAAAAAACAUCAUAUUUCGGCACCAGAGUUGCCGAUAACUCUUAAAACGCAACAUCUCAAUACCAGUUUUCGAAUCCCCAAGAAAACGGUAAAACCUGAAGCAGAAGAAAAGAAUCGUAGCGCGUUGGGCUGCCUGGAACAAACCGAUUCCACAUUUUUAAAUCAGGAGCGUUCAAAACGUUUAGAAAAUGACCGGUUCCGCGCCAAAGGUAUCCGAGAGAAUAGACCCAAAUUCAAAGAACGACCAAAACCACAGCGUCAACCAUCGCCGGAUGUUUUUGAUCCUUCGUUAGAUGAUCCGUGCGAUUCGCCACCCCCGGACGUCCAGCAAGAUUUAGACGAGGCAACUGCGCAGAAAGAUUCUGACACCGAAAUACCUGCUCCAAAAGCUAGAAGACUUAGUUUUCAUGAUAUUUGGGAUAUCCCUAAAAAAGUUCCAGAGAUUUGGGAAAAACCACCAUCGGUAUUUUUCAAUAAUAAGCAAAUUGAAGAGAACGAAUUUUCUUCAGAUCGUCACAAGCACCGACCGGAAAACCAAUACAGUGGGAGUGAAGCUAGUGUGUCUUUCCAAAAAAGUUUCAAACCAGAACGAAUUAAUGUGAUGUCUGAUAGAAGAGAAGAACCUUCAAAACGUACAUUGAUUGACGAUGAUGAGUGCUGGUCUCCAAAAACACCUUGGCGAAACGAUAAAGAAAUAAAAAACUCAGAUCCCGACUGUAGAAAAAUAUCAAACCCUUGGCAGUCUGAUAGCAAUGAUAUUUCUGGUGAUAGCCGCAGAAUGAAUCCUGUAGAAGAGCAUGACAGGAAUCGUACGGACUUUUAUAGCAAAAACAAUAAAAAAUCUUCACCAACGAGAUCAAACAGACGUCAAGAAACGAUUGAUUCCGGUGACCUGUGGGAUCUUGAAGCGGAACAAAUGGAGAAACCAAUCCGAAACACUAUUUGUGAUAAUGCUGUUUGGGAUGAUGAACCUUUUGUAAGAGAUGUCCGAGAACGCCUAGGAUUUCCGGAACAAAAAAGGAAACGAAGUGCAUCUCCGAGAGUGAGCUCUCACAAUGAAAGACGAAAUCAAUCGCCUACGUUUAAACAAUUUUCAGUAAGGAGAAGAGGCAGUAGAAACACUCCUCCUCGUCGGUUCGGUCGUCAACCUAGUAGAUCAAGAUCACCGGAAAUGAGGAGACGGCCAAGUUUUGAAAAACGGCGUGUAUCUAGAAGUCCUGUUGGCAGAGAAAGAGUUGAUAGAUCCAAAAUUCCCCGCACAAGUAGGAGUAAAUCUCCUGUGGUACUCUGGAAACAUCGUGAAAGAAAAAGUCGUUCGAGUAGCAGGGAACGAUAUUCUCGGAACCGGUCUUACUCAAAAGAUAGGUCUAAGCUGGUGACAGAGUUUCGAUCGAAAUCGAGAUCACCAUCGGGACGAAGAUCAGUAUCAGGUGAGAGGUUAUCUAGGGCUCAUUCUCCCGGGCAAAACAAUCCCUGGGCAAUUCCUAUUUAUGAUAAUCCGUUUGGACGCAAUACGCCGCCAUCGUCGAUCGAAAUAAGUUCCAGAUCUCCAGUUGCUCGUUUGGAUAGUUUCAAAAGAUCUCCUAAAGGUAGUUCACGAUCGGCACAAUUGAAUCGCUUUUCAAGAUCUCACGACAGACGAUCGCAUUUAACGCAAAAUCGUUCUAUCGUCAGAGAACGAUCUAGAUCACCGCUUGAUCGAUUUAAUGUUCAUCGAUCUAAUUCACCUCCCAAACCAGAUGCAACAAGGAAUGUAGCACCGAUGAAUCAAUCUACGAUUUUGUCUGAGAGAAGAUCAAAUUCGCCUCAAAACUCAUUUACAUCAUUUGACCGGUCGCAAUCACCUCUAAAAAGUCAACGGGAAUUGUCGCCAACUGAAUCUGAGCCUCAAAUUUGUAAGAAACAAAAUGAAGAUCAAUAUUCGGUUAUGUCUCAACCUCCAGAUUUAAAUGCAUAUAGCCCUACGGAUGCUUUCGAUGCGAUCAGUUCCGAAGAAGAAUGUGAUUUUGCGAAUCCAAUACGAAAUAAAAAUAAACACGAUCUUUCAGAAUCAACAACUCGAAAUCCAUCUCCUCCACCACAGCAACAAUUCAGUACAAUUCCAAAAAUAAAAAUCAAAUCUGAAAUAUUUGAGUCGACCGUCGAGCCGAAUACAGGUAUCAAUACUUCGGAUGUUCCAUCGUCGGCUGAAAAAAAUAAGUUGUCUGAAAACAUUCAAAUAUUGCCCGAAUUGAACGUUCCGCUCAAUGAUCCACCUAAAGAAAGCAUUCCAUCAACUGGUUCUAAAGAAACUAGAAGUGUAAUGGAACACUUGAAGCAACGUGCUGAACGACUGAAGAAAUUGGAAGAAAUGAAACUGGCUCGUCAGAAGUUACUUACCCAGAUAAGGCUUCAGAACGAUAAACAACCUGAAAAGAAAACAAUGCCAAUUAUUGAAAAAGGGUCAACUAACGAAACUUUGUUUGGCGGCGACGAUUCAACGCUGUGUGUGAAACAGUCUUCGUCGGUAGUCAUCAAUGCUGCUUUGGUGCAAUCGGCUUCUGCACCAAUAACACCGUCAAUGCCAAUAAUGCCACCAUUGCUCCCAGUUGUCCCUUCUAUACCACCACUACCAGUUGAUGCCCCACCACCACCACCUCCUUGUGAUCCACCUCCACCACCACCAUCUGAUGCGACCUUCAAUAUUUCGCAACUACCACAGCCUCCUUUCCAGGCGAGACUUGAUUGGAAUAAUCCUGCAAUGGGUCAAAUUGCUGCAGCGGUACAUGAUUUCACGAAACCUCCGCCCAAUUUAAGCAAUCCUCUUUUUCCAACGGUUUCUUCAGAACCCUUGAUUGGCCAAUACAAAUAUUCCGAUGCGCAGAACAUACCAUCGCAAACAGUUGAUCCCAUUGUAACGCGAAUAUCAAAACCCCCACAAGUUCAAUUAUCUUCACAGUCCCUUCCAAACUUUCCCUCUACUAAUGAAAUUAUGGAACAAAUUCACAACCGAAUACAAAAUAGGCAACGAGUUCCCAUGCCAAAUGAACCAAUCGUGAACGAACCCAUGUUAACUUUGGUUCCUCCUGAAGAGACAAGAAACUAUCAGCAACACAACGUCAUGGUCGACAGUGCAUCGAUGCAGCAACAGUUCCCACCGAGGGAUCCUCGACAGCGUGGAGGUCGCGGGUGUGGCAGAGGUCGGGGAAGACAACGACCGCAGCACCAGCAGUAUCAACGUGAUCCACGUCGGAAUGACGAAGCCGAUAUCUACAAUGACAGGAACAAAAUACUGUCACAACAGGAUUGGGAUAAUUUCCGUCGUGUUGAUCCUGCGUUCAACCAACCCGGACAAAAUCAACAGCGGAACAGCUAUGAAAACAACUUUCAAAAUUAUGACGACAAUUUCGACGACUCACAACAGCAGCCAUCGGAUUACGAGCAACGGGUUAUGCACAUGUUCCAGCAACAGUUUGGUGGCAAUUUCAACCAACGCGGAAAUGGAAGAUGGCAUCGAGGUGGAGGAAACAGGAGCAGUUGGAUGUAAUUGAUUGCUUCGAGUUGAUUUCAAGGAUGAAGGAUCGUACUGGAAGAAAAAUUUACAUUAUAACAUUGGAUGCAGCAAUUGUACCUCCUAUGAUGAAAGUAAAGAACCCAGUGUGGUUUAUAAACAAAGCUUAUUUAGAGAGACGUGUUAGUAAGUUUAAUUUGUUUAUAGACACAUAGUUUUGGUUUUUGAUGAGUCAACCUCAAAGGAACGAAUCUAAAUGGAUAGUCUUUUUAUUUUAAGACUCACAUCGAUAAAAUUACAAACGAUGAAUGUGGUGAAUACUGUUUGUAUCGUUAAAUAAAUAUAAAAUCAUAA